AUGAGCAUGCAGACUUCCUGCCAUCGGAGUUCUCUCCUGUGCAUCGUUGUCUUGCUGCCCUUGGCAUCCGCUUUUGGGGUGGCUCAUGUCCCUCUCAAGGCAGAAGGCAGCCUAUCAAGACCUUGUGAGCUGCUUCCUCUCAAGAUGCAGUCAGGCGGGCUAUCGGACCCUGUAGCGCCGCCACCCGGGACAGGGACUAAUGUACCAGACGAUUUGAUGACAUUCAGCGCUAACCGCGAGAAACAUAGGUUCUUGUCAUCGGUGUCGCUGGAGGAUCUGGUGGAGGAAAGAGUGUCUUCUGCACAAAGCUUGAGGCAAUGCCAUGACAGCUAUUACAAAGACAAGCCCGAUGUAGACAGAGACUGCGAUGGAAACUGGGACUGUCCAGAGGGAGUUCUUCUUGUGGAGGGCUUGAUGGUGCUCAACGACGAGAAGUUGAGAUCUCGGAUGGACAUUCGAGUCUAUGUCGAUUGUGACGAAGACACUCGUUUCAUGUGCGUCUUGCUUGACAGGGUCCUCGUGGUGACGGUUCUGCUCAGGCGCAGACUUGCUCGGGACACGCACCCGCUAAAGGGACGAGGACGAACAGUUGCAGAUGUCUACAAUGCCUGGGCAAGGAAUGUAAAGCCCAACCAUCACCGAUUCGUCGAACCAACCAAGCGCUUUGCUCACAUGAUCAUCCCGUAUGAUGUCGUCGACAUGUUUGCCUCGCUGAUGUCUGAUUGCAGUCACAAUGGGAUUUUUGCUGAUCCUGGUCAUCUCUUGGCAGUUGGGGAAGAUCCAACCACUUUGUUGGAUGCGUAUGUAAAUAGAGUUGCAUCCGUGCAUCAAGCGAAGAUGAAAUGUGAAAUCGUUGUGGCGUGGGAGCGAUUCUUGAUAGCUGUUUAUGCAGCACAUCCAACAAGAUCUGAUGGGAGAGAACGAAAGGGGGAGGCACAAGCCGUCGCCCUUGAAGAGGUGCUUUGCUUCUUUGUGUGGCAAAUGCUUGCUAAUGUGUUCGUAAAGAAGGUUUCGCCAGCCCCAGAGGUAUACUGUCAGCAUAAUUACCUCGACGGUGAUUUGGUUGAGUAG